GGCUAAACCCUUUAAUUUCAGUGGGUAGGCCGUUACGAAGGGCAGCCUAUAGACUACCUAGAGGUUAAAUAAAAUAUAAAGUCCAGGAGGAAUUGUAUUCGUUCAUAUUUGAGGAGGCAUUUUUCUUAUCUUCUCGUGUGCAGCUAUACUUAUUUCUGCUCUCCAAGGCAAAUAGCCUACUGUAACCGGUUGGACGUUGCAAGCUGUAUUGACUGUCUCGCAGUAGCCUAGUAUUACUCGUUGGUUCUCAUAAUCUCCCAGAUUGCCGGGUAGUACUGCAGUCGAUGCAGCAGUUGUAGGCUAUUGCGCCGGGCUGUGUGCUGCGACAGCAGACUCAAUGAGAAAGGAAUGCUUGCCUUCGUUCUGAUCUCUGGGUCUAUCUGGAUUAUAUUAGUGUGACGUACACCUUCACGCGCUGAAGCGGGCUUGUCUGAUUGGAAGGAGCUGUUCAAUGAGCUGAGUUCCACCCUGAUGGAGAGGAUGCAGACCCAGGAGCUGCAGAGCAGUCUACAGCUGCCAGAGCUGGAUGAGUUAAACCAGUUCUUCCGCUCCCUGCCCAUCUCCACGCUGGUGGGCAUCGGUGCCCUGACUGCCGUGCUGGCCUACUGGCUGGCCACACGGCCACGUGCCAUCUCUCCUCCCUGCAAUCUCCAACACCAGUCUGAAGAAGUGGCGCAUGAAGAUGGGGGUCGCAGGUCCAUGCUGGGGGACAGCCCAAAUAAUCUGCUGACACACUACCACGAGGAUGCCAAAACCAUGUAUGAGGUGUUCCAGAGAGGCCUCCACAUAGCCGGUGAUGGACCUUGCUUAGGCUCCCGGCUACCCGACAAGCCUUACAAGUGGCUGUCCUAUAAAGAGGUCACAACCCGGGCGGAGUACUUGGGGUCGGGGCUGCUGAGCCAGGGCUGCACGCCGAGCCCAGAUCAGUUCAUCGGAGUGUUUGCACAGAACAGGCCAGAGUGGAUCAUUUCGGAGCUGGCCUGCUACACCUACUCUAUGGUGGUGGUGCCUCUGUAUGACACACUAGGGCCUGAUGCCAUACGCUACAUCAUCAACACUGCGGACAUCGUCACAGUAAUCUGUGACAAGCCUGAGAAGGCCCAGGUGCUUUUGGGUAACGUGGAGAGGCAUGAGACCCCUGGGCUGAAGAGGAUCAUCCUGAUGGACCCCUUUGACCCUGCCCUGCUGGAGGAGGGGGCGAGCUGCGGGGUCAUCGUCCAGUCCAUGCAAGAUGUGGAGGAUCUGGGCAGAGAAAACCACAGAAAGCCCCUGCCACCUACACCAGAAGACCUGUCCAUCGUGUGCUUCACCAGUGGUACCACAGGAAACCCAAAGGGAGUCAUGCUGACACACGGGAAUGUUGUGGCUGAUUUCUCAGGCUUCCUCAAAGUGACAGAUAAAGUAAUAUUUCCAAACCAAGACGACGUUCUUAUCUCCUUCCUGCCCCUGGCUCACAUGUUUGAAAGACUCAUCCAGUCUGUGGUGUAUUGUCAUGGUGGCAGGAUCGGGUUCUUCCAAGGCGACAUCCGCCUGUUGUCUGAUGACAUGAAGGCCUUACGGCCCACCAUCUUCCCUGUGGUACCUCGACUGCUCAACCGCAUGUACGACAAGAUAUUCAGCCAGGCCAACACCCCAUUGAAGCGUUGGCUGCUGAACUUUGCAGCUAAGAGAAAAGGGGCAGAGGUCAGCAGGGGGAUCAUCCGCAUGGACAGCCUGUGGGAUAAGAUAUUCUUCAGUAAGAUACAGGCCAGCCUGGGUGGGAGGUUACGCAUGAUUGUAACUGGAGCUGCUCCGGCCUCCCCCACUGUACUGGGGUUUCUCAGGGCUGCACUGGGUUGUCAGGUGUAUGAGGCAUAUGGCCAGACAGAGUGUACUGCUGGCUGUACUUUCACCACUCCUGGAGACUGGACCUCAGGUCAUGUGGGGGCACCAUUGCCAUGUAACCUCAUCAAGCUGGUGGAUGUGGCUGAGAAGAACUACUUUGCACGCAAGGGAGAAGGAGAGGUGUGUGUGAAAGGACCCAAUGUUUUCAAGGGCUACCUCAAAGACCCUGAGAGGACUGCUGAAACCCUGGACACAGACGGUUGGCUCCACACCGGAGACAUAGGGAGAUGGUUACCUAACGGUACACUGAAGAUCAUUGACAGGAAGAAGCACAUCUUUAAGUUGGCCCAGGGAGAGUACAUCUCCCCUGAGAAGAUAGAGAACAUUUACAUCCGCUGUGAGCCUGUGACCCAGCUCUACGUCCAUGGUGACAGCCUACAGUCCUGUCUGGUUGCCAUAGUUGUUCCUGACCCAGAGACAAUGCCUGCAUGGGCUCUGAAGAAAGGCAUGGAGGGGAGCUAUCGGGACCUCUGUAAAAAUACUGUCCUGAAGAAAGCCAUCAUGGAAGACUUGCAGAGACUGGGCAAGGCCAGUGGCCUCCACUCGUUUGAGCAGGUGAAAAACAUCCACAUCCACAAUGAGCAGUUCUCCAUACAGAAUGGCCUGUUGACUCCCACACUAAAAGCGAAGAGACCCGAGCUGAGGGAGUUUUUCAAGGAGAAGAUCGAAGACCUGUACGAAAACAUCUCCAUGUGAAACACUACCACCGAAUAAACGUUUCUCAACAACAUCA